AUGUUGUUGCCCGGACGUGAUGUUUGCAAUGUUUUUGUUACGGGUGUUUUCUUGUUAUUGCUUGCUUGUAGAUUCAUUUCUGGUGUUGAGAGUGAUAUAAACUGCUUGAAAAGUAUAAGAGCAGAAUUGGAGGACCCUUUAGACAUGUUAAGCUCUUCAUGGGAUUUUAGCAAUGCCACUGAAGGUUUCAUCUGUAACUUUCUGGGAGUGGAGUGCUGGCACCCUCACGAGAGCAAAGUUUUAAAUAUUAAGCUUGCAGAUUUGGGACUCAAAGGCCAGUUUCCUCGUGCCGUACAGAACUGUACAAGCUUAACAGGGUUAGAUCUUUCGAGCAACGACCUCAGUGGACCUAUUCCUAAGGAUAUUGAUCAGUUGAUCUCUUUCAUUUCGUGGCUUGAUCUCUCGUCCAACAGCUUCUCAAGCCCAAUUCCCAGGAGCAUCUCCAAUUGCACACUUCUGAAUGGUCUUAAACUUGACAACAACAAGUUGACGGGUCAGAUUCCUCCAGAACUUGCUCAGCUCAGGAGGCUUAAAACAUUUAGCGUGUCCAACAAUCAACUGUCUGGGCCAGUCCCCAACUUCAACAAUGGCACAAUCGGAGUUUUUUCUUCAAAUACUGGCACAAUCGGAGUUGAAAGUUAUGCAAACAAUCAUGGACUUUGUGGUGCUCCUCUGGAGAGUUGCCGGUCAUCAUCUCAGAACAAGUGGUCAAAGGAUAUAGUGAGGGCGAUCAAGUCCCACGUUGAACUCAUGUUCGGAGCACUUGGUUUUGUUACAGUAAAUAGGUCAAGAGCGAGUCGGAAACUCGAACUUGAUGUACCUGUUGUGCUUGGGAGCUAUAGUUAA